UUAUAGACACAUUCGGCUUUUUAUCACUCAGAUUGCACUGAACAUGGCGGAAAAGACAGCAAAGUACAGGACAGAGAUCCAACAGAUGAUGUUCGUCUCUGGCGAGACGGGGGAGCCAUCGCCGGAGACGACCAUGCUUGUAGAGUCAAUAGUUCAACAGCAAGUCAUGGAGAUGUUGAAAGAAUGCACGGCUUUGGCGACCCGGAGGGGUAGCCGCAGUAUAGCUACGGAUGAUCUGAUGAUGCUUAUUCGCCACGACAAAGCUAAACUGGCUCGGCUGAGACACUUCUUACAGUGGAAAGAUGUCCGAAAGAACGUUAAAGAAGCCGACGAUAAUAAGGAUGCCGGCGCCGACGUGGGCGGCGAAACAGAUCUUGCUGGCGGCGUAGCCGGGCCCGCAGGACCUGCGGUUGAUCUCAAGAAGAACAAAAAAGCACGCGUAGACUUGGUUUGGGAUGUUCCAUCGUACUUCUCUGAGCAAGUUCCACCCCGUGACGAUGAGGAAGACGAGGAAGAAGAAGAAAUGACCUUGGCCACUCUGCAACGUCUCAAGUACGCCGAUGAGCGCACCAAGGAUAUGAGCAAAGAAGAUUAUAUGCACUGGUCAGAAUGCCGACAGGCGUCAUUCACAUUCCGCAAAGGUCGGCGUUUUCGCGACUGGGCCGGCUUUGGAGUUAUAACGGAUGCAAAGCCGAACGACGAUAUCAUCGAUAUCCUCGGUUUUCUCACUUAUGAAAUUGUGCAAACUCUGACGGAGGAGGCGCUGAAGGUCAAGGAGGCCGAGGACCUGUGGAAAAAGCGAACUGGAGCUGAGGGCAAGAAGAAAGGGAACGCAGCAAAGCGACAGAGGGAGCCGGGACUGUUUGACUGGCCCGAUGAGGAGAGGGAGCCAGUGCAGCCGUCGCACAUUAGGGAAGCGUUCAGGAGGCUACAAAUAGCGCACCAGAAGACGCGGGCGAUGGCGAAUUUCUCGAGAAGGGUCAACAGACAGAAGCUGAAGUUUAUCUGACCUGCUCUCUUUUUCGGCUUUGUUGAGGGUGUUAAUUUUGCAUAGCCGGUGGGGUUUUCGGGUCGAUGUGAUUUUAAAUUACGGGGCCUUGAGGAACAGGCAAUGAUCUAGGUUGUAUAGAUACCCAAGCAAAUCAAUAUCCUCUGGUUUCUUCGCG